AUGGAUGAGUCGCUACUUGCUACCAAAGAUGACCAUCUCAUUCAUGCAGAAGAGGAAGAUGAAUUGCUCUGGAAUGAGCUCAAAGACAAUCACCGCGCGUCUCAAUUUGAUAGAGAAAGCUACCAAGUGUCAUCAGUAAGUGGUCAAGCAAGUACUUCGUACCAGGAAGCCACACCGCUGCCGUCGCUGCGAGUUGACGUGCACCUUCCUGCUAUCUCGACACUGUUCCGCGAGGUACUGGACACAGCCAAGGCAGCGCUUCCAGGUGCACGAAAUCCACAUACUAGACAUGUAGAAGCUCGUGCUAGUGUUCGGGUGUCUCCUGUACCCGACCGCUAUGGAAACGUGGCCAAUCUGGACGCAUUCCUCAUCACUUUGUACAAUUACUACUACCACAAAGGAUUUUGGAGUAUCGUGGUUGUAGAGCUAGUGAGUCUGCUGACAGGAAUAUUUAGUGUUGUACUCUCGAGCUUCUUGCUGGGAUGUGUGCAGUGGGGGCCAUUGCUGGAGUGCCAUAGACACUCAGAUAGAGAAGGCUGUGCUCAGGAAAUGGAGCAUUACAUCACGUGCAAAGCAAUUAAUAACGGAAUAUUGGGACUUAUUGGUGCCUUUUACUCUACCAUGUUCUUCGUGUAUUGGAUCUCGAGAGCUUUCCAGUUAGUGGGAACGUUGAGAGAUACCAAAGAAAUGGAGGUGUUUUACAAAGAGCGAUUGCAUAUUGGAGAACGACAAGUGCAGACAAUUGCGUGGGAUGAAGUGGUGACGAGAGUGCUGGAUCUGGUAAAUGGAGCAAAUACGCCCGUGAAUUUGAGACAGCUUUCGUCGUACAAGCUGCAGAUCGACCCAGCAUUACUGUCGUCGCCACAUGACUUUGCCAAGCGAAUUAUGCGCCGUGACAACUACCUCAUUGCUUUCAUGAACCACUCGCUGUUUCAAAGCAAAAACUUGUUGCCCACGUCACUGCAAUUUCUUUCAACGUCACACAUUAUGUGCUCAAAGAACAUGGAGGCCAAUCUAAAUAUCUGUUUGCUUGAUCAAAUGUUUGAUGCCGAGCUGAACUUAGCUCCAUCGGUGAUCCACAACGUGGAGAUGCUCAAGAAACGCUUCAUGGUUGCGGGUGUGCUAAACUUCGUGUUGUCGCCUUUUAUUUUGCUAUACCGCCUUUCACGAUUCUUUUUCUUGGCGGCUCAGGAGUGGCAAACGAAUCGCGUAUACUACUUUGGCACACGUCGCUGGUCAGCGUAUGCUAUUUGGCGAUUUCGAGAGUACAAUGAACUCCCGCAUGUCCUAGAUGCUCGCAUGGCGCGUUCAUAUUCGCUGGCAGACCAUUAUCUAAGCAUGUUCCCUGCCGGAUCGUUGGCUAUCAUUGCUGGAGGUGUCUCCUUUUGUGCGAGCUCGUUAAUGGCUGUUCUAGUUUUGGUGAGUCUACUGGAGGAGUCUGUGCUACUGCAAACGACACUGUUUGGCCAUGAACUGUUGUGGUACCUGACCGUCUCGACGGGUGUGUUUGCGUUGUCACGAUCGUUUACGUCUUCUACCUCACCUUUUCUGGUUAAUGGUGACUGCGAAAAGACUAUGAUGGAAGUCGCUGCGGAGACGCAUUACUUUCCUAAAGAAUGGAGAGGCCAGUGUCACUCAUUUGAGGUCCGGGAUGCAUUUGCAGUGUUGUUUCCAUACAAGGCUGUGCUCUUCACUGAAGAGUGCGUUUCCGUCUUGGUGGCUCCGUAUGUCUUGUGUGUAUCACUACCUCGGCUUGCUCGCGAGAUCUUGUUGUUCCUGCGCUCUCAUUCUAUAACACACCCUAGUACAGGAGCUAUGUGCCGAUUUGCAGAAUUCGACUUUAAAGAAUAUGGUAACGAUGCCAAGAUGGAGAGCUCGUUCAUCAACUUCAAGCAGAAUCAUCCAAAUUGGGUCGGCGCACGUGAAGGUGAGGUGCUUAUGCAACGUCUUGGCAAGCUGAAGGAGGAAGAGAUGGAGAAAUCAAUGCGGAUGGGUGAUACCAUGAUGUACAGUAGUCACAUGUCGAUGUCGCAGCAGCUUAUGCAAUCGCAGGCUAUCCAGAACGCGAUGGGUGGUGGGCGUCUGAGCGGCUACAUGCCUCAGGAAAAUGAGUUUUACUGGUUGGAAAAGCUCUACCAACAAGGCCAGUUAGGCGAACCGAGUCUGAAGGAAAUGAAGGGCAACCCUGCUGAUAGUAUUUCCAUUUCAAGUCUUGGCUCACCAUGA